AUGCCUCUGCCAUCUGUGGACAUUCCUACAACGCCUCUUGCUCGUCCAGUUAGCAUGGCGUCCGCAACCCCAAUCUCUCCAAGUAUCCCUCCGCUAGCGACCCUUAGUGCAAUCGAACAGUCAAAGCGUCUCGCAGCAUACACCGCUGUAGAUAAGCACAUACUGCCAGAACACAAGGUCAUCGGCAUAGGAUCAGGCUCAACUGUACCAUAUGUCGUCGAACGCAUCGUCUCACAGGGCGCAGAGCUGAACAAAGAUCGUGUAUUUAUACCUACAGGCUUCCAGUCGAAAGAACUUAUCGUCCUCUCCGCACUUAACCUUGGUGACGUCGAUCAAUACCCAACUAUCGAUGUCACAAUCGAUGGAGCCGAUGAAGUGGAUCACGAGCUCAACUGCAUUAAAGGUGGAGGAGCGUGUCACCUGAGAGAGAAAGUACUUGCAGAAGCCGCUAAGACUUUCAUUUUAGUAGCAGACUACCGCAAGAAUGUCAAGUACCUUGGUACGAACUUCACUCCUGGUGUGCCAAUCGAAGUUGUCCCCUUCGCCUACGCCAAAGUGCUCCAAAACAUGCACCACAUCCUCGGCUCUCCGCGUGCCACGCUUCGGAUGGCGGUAGCAAAGGCGGGCCCUGUCGUCAGCGAUAAUGGAAACUUCAUCAUCGAUGCGCCGUUCGACAACGGACAGAUGAAGGAACCACUUGGGAUAAUGGCGAGGAUCAAGAUGCUCACAGGAGUCGUUGAGGUAGGAUUGUUCUGUCAUAUGGCGCAAGCGGCGUACUUCGGGAACCAGGACGGGAGCGUCACGGUGAAAAGGAAGGUGGAAAAGGGGAAAAUAGAGGAGGCGGUGAUAGCUGCUGGUGGGCAGUUUUAA